AUGCAGGUACCACUUCUGCGCCUGCAAUGCGGCUGCAACAGCUACGAAUGGGGCAAAAUCGGCAAGGACUCAGCAGCUGCUCGUUAUGCCUCGGCGACUCCAUCCGGCGACUUUUCCAUCCAGCAAGACAAGCCAUACGCUGAGUUGUGGAUGGGCACUCACCCUUCGAACCCAUCCAAAGACGUCACGACCGGCCGAACGUUGCUUGACAUGGUCCAAGAUAACCAGGCAUUGAUGUCCACCUCCAUUGCGAAACGUUACGAGCAAAAGCUGCCUUUCCUCUUCAAAGUGCUCAGCAUCAACAAGGCUCUCUCCAUUCAAGCUCAUCCCAACAAGAAGCUGGCCGAGCAGUUGCACGCCAAGGACCCAAAGCAUUACCCAGAUGACAAUCACAAGCCUGAGAUGACGAUUGCCAUCACUCCAUUCGACGGUCUUUGCGGAUUCAGGCCACUCAACGAGAUCGCUCACUUCUUGCAGCAUGUUCCCACUCUGCGCCAGCUCGUUGGCGAGGAGAAUGCUAGCAAGUUCGAGAAGACCAUCAACGGCCAGGAAACGACGGAAGACAGCAGCAAAGCGCAGGAGAACAAGAAGGCACUUCAGAGCGCAUUCUCUGGAUUGAUGCAGUCUAAGCCAGAGGAGAUCGAAAAGGCCGCAGCAGAGCUCAUCAAGCAGGCCAAAUCGGAAGGCUCCAAAUUCGCCGGCGAAGGCGGUCCUUCAAACGAUGGCAAAGAGCUCGCAGAUCUCAUGGUUCGACUGAACGACCAGUUCCCCAAUGAUAUUGGUCUCUUCGUCACUUUCUUCCUCAACUAUGUCAAGCUCGAAGUCGGCGAGGCGAUGUUCCUGAAGGCCGACGACAUCCACGCUUACUUGUCAGGAGACAUCAUCGAAUGCAUGGCCUCGAGCGACAACGUCAUCCGCGCCGGCUUCACCCCCAAAUUCAAAGACGUCGAAACCCUGUCCUCAACCCUCACCUACUCCUACGCGCCCAUCAGCGAGCAAAAGAUGACCCCCACCGACUACGCCUACGUCAAGCUCAACACCACCGCCUACAGCUCCAACUCCGCCUCGAUCCUCUACGACCCCCCGAUCGAGGAGUUCAGCGUCGUCAAAACCGACCUCAACGCCUCCGGUGGCAAGGCGACGUUCGCGCCGAUCGAGGGACCAUCGAUUAUCAUCUGCACGAAGGGCGAGGGCAAGAUAAGUGUGGGACCGAAGAGUGAGGAGAUCAAGGAGGGGUAUGUCUACUUUGUUGGUGCGACGGCCGAGUUGAUCCUGGAGAGUUCGGGCAGUGAGCCGCUCGUGACGUUCAAGGCGUUCUGCGAGUUGCCACAUGGCUCGGAUGGGAACUUGUAG